AGCAACACGCUGGACGAGCCGAUCCUGACGACGAUCGGGCGCGACUUUGGCAAAGUUGGCCGCAAGACCAUCCAGGUGCUGUACCCGAAGGGCCGGGACAAUGCAUUGCGGGAGUGGGAUCUCUGGGGCCCGCUGUUCUUCUGCCUGUCACUGGCGGUGACACUGAGCUUCUUGGCGCCUGGACAGCAGGCGUCGGCAGUGUUCACGGGCGUGUUUGCGCUGCUGUGCUUUGGCUCGUGCAUUGUGACGCUGAACUGCAAGCUGCUGGGCGGACAUGUGUCGUUCUUCCAGAGCGUGUGCACGCUUGGGUAUUGCGUGUCGCCGCUGGUCAUUGCCACCCUGGUGUCGCUGUUUGUCCACCACAUCAUCGUCACGCUGCCUGUGGUUGCUGUUGCCGUGGCGUGGAGCAUAUCCGCUGCUGUCGGGUUCCUGGCAGGCGCGCAGCUGGCCAACCGCCGUCUCCUGGCUGUCUACCCGAUCUGCCUCUUCUACAUUUGCAUUGGCUGGAUCAUCAUCAUCUCUUGA